AAGGUGGCAGCACAGGCAGUCCUGAGGACACCAGCAACUGCCUUUCAGCUCGCACAUUCAUAAAUAAUUUAUUUCCAGCCACCUGUGCCCAGAAUAACAAUUUUUCUGCCUGAAAUCUCCACGCUGGUGCCGGGAGGCUGUCAGGGACUCGCUUUCCCGGGACCCUCUCGACCUGUUGGGAAGGGGUCCAGGUCUCCAGAGGGGCAGCUCUGGAGGGAUCUGCCCCUAGUGGGAAGAGGCACGAGAAACAAACAGGGAGCAUCCGUUCAGCUGAUCGCGUUAGGGCUUCUCGCUGCUGCUGCCGCCACUCAGCUCUCUGCCGAUGCAGCCAUCCGUGCGUUUGGACAAACAUCCAGGCAGAGGGAAUGGGUAGGUCUGGAAACGUCGGCAGCUGCAGAAGGCUGCAGAGCUCUGCUGUGAAGCAGCCUUAGAGGAGAGGCUGUUUCGCCGGGCAGGGGAGCGUUAUGAAACGCGAGCGCACUGGCCGUGCUUGAGGAUUUUGGCAGCGCGGCGCGGAGGCUGCUUCCACCCUGCCUGUUGGCGCAGGAGGCCAUGGAGCGGCUCCCUCCCGCCGGCUCCCGCAGGGCGCAGGACCCCGGCGCCCCGGCCCGCUGAGCCGCAGGGACCCCGGGCAGCCGCAGGGACCCCGGGCAGCCGCAGGGACCCCGGGCAGCCGCAGGGACCCGCGAGGGACACGGCGGCAGCGGUUUCAGCAUUGGCUGGCUGGCAGCUCAGCAGGGCACGAUGAAGGCAUCACCCCAGGAGCCCAUGGAGUCCCUGGGCCAACCAGGCGCCUGAGGCUGGCAGCAGUGCCACACCACGCUGGUCUCUGCUGUAGCCACAUGGGAAGAAGCUUUUCAGCAGGAGAAGGAACCAAAGUGAUGGGCUGAACUUAUGGGAGGAACGAGUGUCUGGCCAGGUGAAGAUUCAGGGGCCCAUUGGGAAGCGUGAAGGGCCAGUUUCAGUAAGGGCAUGGCCAAAGCUUUCUUCAGGCUACAGAAGUUUCUCCGUCGGACCCAGUUUCUGCUCUUCUUCCUCACAGCAGCUUACCUGAUGGCUGGCAGCCUCUUGCUGCUGCAGCGGACCCGCUUGGUUAUCCAGCAAGGUUCGCGUGGGACCCCCGCUAAUCAGGCCGUGCCCGUGCUGGACGAGAUGACCAGGGUUGGGAUCGUAGACCCCAGGACUCUGCAGAGCCCCCGCCCCGGUCCCAGGCUGCUGGUGGGCAUGGAUGCGCUGCAGGAGCCGGCCCUGGACCAGCAGCACAGCCCGCACUGGCUCAUGUCCCGUAACUCAGAGCUCAGGCAGCUGAGGAGAAGGUGGUUUCACCGGUUCACCAGUGACCAGGAGCCCCUGCAGACAGCAGGACUCAAAGCAAUGAAGCACACUACUGAACACAAAGGCACCUACAUGGGCUGCUUCACUCAUGAUUCGAGGGAGAGGACACUGAAGGGAGCUGUCUUUUAUGACUUAAGAAAAAUGACAGUAGCUCACUGUCAGGAAGCUUGUGCUGAGAGGGCUUACAGCUAUGCGGGCCUGGCGUACGGAGCAGAGUGCUACUGUGGGAACACACUCCCAGCUGCUGCCUCGAAGCCCGAGGAGUGCAACAGCGAGUGCAAGGGGGAGAAGGGCUCUGUGUGCGGAGGGGUGAACCGGCUCUCGGUCUACAGGGUGGAAGAGCUGCGGGCAGGAGCGAGGCGACGGAGGAAUGUUAUCUAUCGAGGAUGUUUUAGAGCUCCAGAAAAUUUAACAGACACCUUUCCAGCCUCUUUGAUACAGCCCAAUUUGACGGUGGAGAUGUGCUCUGAAUUUUGCUCCAAGAAAGAGUUUCCAUUGGCAAUGAUCCGAGGGCAGGAAUGCUACUGUGGAUACCCCACCGGGCGCUUCCCAGUGCGCGACAGCGCGGACGGGCUGCGCUGCAGCGGGACCCGCAAUGCCAGCAGCACUGCCGAGGGGAACUACUGCCUGGUCUAUCAGACACCUGUGCAAGACACCCGCUGCACAGACAGGAAAUUCUUAAGCACCAAAUCCAAAGUGUUUGUUGCUUUGUCAAGCUUUCCUGGGGCUGGGAAUACGUGGGCACGCCAUCUGAUAGAGCAUGCCACGGGAUACUACACAGGAAGUUAUUACUUUGAUGGAGCCCUCUACAACAAAGGUUUUAAAGGAGAAAAAGACCACUGGAGAAGUAGAAGGACCAUCUGUGUGAAAACACAUGAAAGUGGCAAGACAGAGAUUGAAAUGUUCGACUCGGCCAUCCUGUUGAUAAGGAACCCGUACAAAUCACUGAUGGCAGAGUUCAACAGAAAAUACGCCGGGCACCUGGGCUAUGCCACUGACCGCAACUGGAAAAGCAAAGAGUGGCCCGACUUUGUGAACAGCUAUGCCUCCUGGUGGGCCUCCCACGUCCUGGAGUGGCUGAAGUAUGGGAAGCGCCUGCUCAUUGUCCACUACGAGGACCUGAAGCAGAGCCUCAUCCCCAAGCUGAAGGAGAUGGUGGAGUUUCUGAACGUGACAGUGACAGAGGAUCGGCUGCUCUGUGUGGAGAACAACAGGGACGGGAAUUUCAAGCGGUCUGGUGCUAAGCAAAAGAAUUUUGAGCCAUUUACCCAGGAAAUGAAAGAUCUUAUCAACAGAUACAUCCUGACAGUGGAUGAAGCCCUAAGGGGAAGAAACUUCUCAGGGCUGCCCAGAGAGUAUGUGCCAAGAUGAUAGGCUGGUAUCACGCUGCUGUGGUUCAAAAUGAAGUUUUUUUUCUUAAAAAAACAAAAAACCCAAACAAACAAAAAACCCCACAAACAAACAAACAAGAAAAGCAAAAAAAAAAAAAGGAAAAAAAAGAAGACCAGACCUCUCUAGCAGUUAUGGCAAAGAUACUUGUGGAGGCUGCUGAGCAGUGCAAAUUCUCUCCACUCUUGGGAGAAGGGGGUGGCCGCAGCAUCCCCCACAAUGAGGCACACAGCUGGGGACCUGUAGGAGAAUACAGACAUUAAGCAGGGCCAGUUGGGAAUCCCUGGGUUUUAUCAGCCCCAAACCUGGCUCCAGGGGCAUGGAGGAGACCCCAGAGGAGUGGCAGAGAAGGGAGUGCCACCUGUGCUAGGGGCUUGACACAGGUUUUUGCACCUCCAUCUCUUCACCUGGAGAAUCACGGUGGGUCUAGGGGGACACCAGGGACGAAUGUCACCACAGUCAGUGCUCCUGGUUCUAGAAACGGCCACAGCCAGCCCGUACUGACAUCAGCCUGGACCACCUGGAGAACAGGGGCAAAGGGGAUGAACCCCAGCCCUUCCAGCCCCAGCAGAGGUAGGAUCCCACCUCCUACCUCAUCCCUGCAGGAACUCCAAGACAGUCCAACCUGAAAAACCAUGGCUCCUUAGGGCUGCCCUCUGGACCCACCUCCAGCAGCCAUGCAGGUUUGAUUUCUAACUCCUGCAGUUCCCCAAGGUUUGUUUGACCCUGCACGGGGCCCUUGUGUAGUGGGGAGGGAACAGGGGCACACGGGGCUGGCAGGGCAGCUGGCCCAUGAUCCUGGGCCACUGGCCAGCUUGGAGGUGGUUAAACCCUGCGGCCAAAGGGGCUGCCCUGCUGCGAGAUGCUUCUGUUCAUGGGAAAUAAAGGAUUUCUUAAAAAUUUGAGUGAAAAUACUAAUUUUAAUAAAACAAGUUUAUAUAAAGGGA